AUGAGUCGGGAACCAGAGGGGUUUUGGAUGACGGACUAUAGGGAAGGUGGUGCAGUUUUCUUGUUUUCGGUUGUUAAAUUUGCUGAAGUUGUUGGGUUCGAUAACCAUGAUUACUCUUCUCCUUAUUUUUUAUGGUUUGGAUUGGUUAUUUUGAUUGUUUAUCUGUUUGUUUUGGUUUAUUUGGAAGUGAAGUGGAGUUUGGUGCCUGUGAUUGUGGUGGUUGAAUCAAGCUGGGGCAUGAAGGCUUUAAAGAGGAGUGCAAGUCUAAUAAGUGAAUAUAAGUCGAUGGGUUUGUCUUUGUAUUUGACUUUCUUAAUGAUGACAGGACUUUCAGUUUGGAACAGUUCGUUAGCGAGUACAACUUUUUUUGGUACGGAUUUUGAUGAUAAGUGGGAUGUGGCACUUGUGUUUCUAUCUUUGACGACUUCACAUUUGCUAAUGUUGGUGUUCCUCACAAACGCAGUGGCCAAUACUGUGUUGUAUAUACAUUGCAAGGCUGUUGUUGAUGAGGAAAGGAAUAUGUAA